GCAGUGUUAAAUACUGAGGCGCUCUGAUCAAAGUAGCUCAGUCAGAGCAGAAGUACCAGUACAAUACCAUCUUCGCAUUCUAAAAAAACAAGCGACAUGGCAAACGCUUACCUGCAGGGAGUUGAGAUCUCGGCUUCACAGUUCCUGGAUAUCUUUCAUCAUUAUGACAAUGAUGGUAAUGGAUAUAUUGAAGGAAAGGAGUUGCAGAACUUUGUUAAAGAACUUCAGCAAGCCCGAAAACAAGCAGGACUAGAGCUGACAGAGCAAAUGAAGGCCUUCGUGCAGGAAUACGAGCAAAAUGCAGAUGGCAAGAUUGGAAUUGUGGAGCUUGUACAGAUAUUACCCACAGAAGAAAACUUCUUGUUAUAUUUCCGACAACAGCUGAAAUCCUGUGCUGAGUUCAUGCAGGCCUGGCGCAAUUAUGACGCAGAUCACAGCGGCUACAUCGAAGCUGAUGAACUCAAGAACUUUUUGAAAGAUCUACUUCGGAAGGCUGGGAAACAAUACGAUGACAAAAAAUUAGAUGAAUAUACGUGCACAACACUCAAAAUGUUUGACUCCAACAACGAUGGCAAGCUCUGCUUGGCAGAAAUGGCAAGGCUGCUACCUGACCAGGAGAACUUUUUGCUCAGGUUCCAGGGGGUGAAAAUGACAAAAAAAGAGUUCAACAAGAUUUUUGAGCUUUAUGACCAGGACGGAAAUGGGUACAUGGAUGAGAACGAACUGGAUGCCCUACUCAAAGACCUGUGUGAGAAAAACAAUAAGGUGUUAGACCCCAGCAAGAUCCCAACAUACAAGAACGCCAUUAUGGCGCUGUCCGACGGCGGGAAGCUGUACAGGACUGAGCUGGCGCUGGUCCUAUGUGCCGAUGAUGAUUGAGAAACCCCCCCAUACCAUCCCCUCUUCACACCCCGC